UAGAUAUGGCCACUUGGCAGAUCCUUCUUCCCUCUCCAUCCAAAGGUGGGGGUGCUGAUGGCGGUGGCGGCGGUGGCGGCGGUUGCGGCGCGGACCGUCCUCUACCCUCUACGCCUCCCCGCAAGCACGUGUGCCCUCUUGUCGUCCGCACGUCUGGAACAACCGGCAUCGAGCGGCGGUUGUCGUGGUAAUAAUUCUGGGACUGCAGUUUUCAGCCGUCGAUCCGCCAUUGUCUCCGUCACGACCACGUUCCUCUUAAUAAGUGCUCCUUCCCUCGUAAGUGCCGCUCGGGCAGAGGAAACGGAUGAAGCAGACGAUGAAGAGGGUACCGCUAUGCGGAUUUUCGAGGAGACAUCAUCUUGGGUAGUGGCGAUCAAAGAUGUAGAGAUAUUGCAGCCAGGGGAUGCUGACAAUCAAAUAAAAGCGAUAAGUGAUGAGAAUACCAGGAUUGAAGGCACAGGUUCGGGGUUUGUCUGGGACAAGACAGGACAUAUAGUGACAAAUUACCAUGUGGUAGCUAAAUUGGCUACAGAUAUGACAGGCCGUAAAAAAUGUAAGAUUUCACUGUUGGAUGCUGAUAAUAACACAGUUAUCAAGGAAGGGAGACUUGUAGGUUUUGAUGCUGCUUAUGAUUUAGCUGUUUUGAAGGUUGAUAUUGAAGGUGGCAAGCUGAAACCAGCACUUCUUGGUACCUCGCAGGAUCUGCUUGUUGGCCAAAGCUGUUUUGCUAUUGGGAACCCUUAUGGCUAUGAGCAUACUCUUACUGCCGGGGUACUUUCUGUUGUGAGUGGGUUGGGCAGAGAAAUACCUUCACCAAGUGGACAACCCAUUCUAGGAGCAAUACAAACAGAUGCAGCGAUUAAUCCUGGAAAUUCUGGUGGGCCGUUACUUGAUUCGCAUGGACAUGUCAUUGGAGUCAAUACUGCCACUUUCACGCGCAAAGGGACAGGGCUGUCUUCUGGUGUCAACUUUGCAGUUCCAAUAGACACUGUGAGGAGGAUUGUUCCUGAUCUCAUUGCUUAUGGUUCUACAGAUGGGAACAGAUUCUAGUUCCUGUUCACAUUAGUGUCGUUUUUCUUGGCUUCUUGAGAUGUAAAGCAUGAUGACAAUGAAAUCAAUUGUAUGUCUCUUUUGUUUUA